UGUGGGAUGGGCGCGGCGGAGACGCGCUGAAUCUGGCCUUAGGAAAGGCAACUCCGACCGGGGUCACGGAGAGAGCCGAGCGGAGCCGGGGAGACCCGAGUGUGACCGGAGGCGCUCCGGCGAGCCGGAAGCAGAGCCGAGCCAGCCCGAAGGGGGCUGAGCGCGGUUGGGCAUCCGGCCUGGCGAGCCGGUGCCAUGGCGGCCGAGGGCGCAGCUGUGGCCGAAGGCGGGGCUGUCGGCGUCCCGCUGGUCCAGGACAGCCUCCGGCUGUCUAAGUGCGCGGACGCGGCUCCCAACCGGCGGCGCGGCUCGGCGCUGUCGUGUGACGCCGAGCGCCGAGCCUACCAGUGCUGCCGGGAGUACUUGGGCGGGGCUUGGCGCCGAGUGCGGCCCGAGGAGCUGAGGGUUGACCCCGUGAGCGGAGGCCUCAGCAACCUGCUGUUCCGCUGCUCGCUGCCGGACCGCCUGCCCAGCGUGGGCAAGGAGCCCCGGGAGGUGCUGCUGCGGCUCUACGGGGCCAUCCUGCAGGGCGUGGAUUCUUUGGUCCUUGAAAGUGUGAUGUUCGCCAUCCUUGCAGAGCGGUCGUUGGGGCCCCAGCUGUACGGAGUCUUUCCUGAGGGUCGGCUGGAACAGUACAUUCCAGUAGGAGCCCAGCCCAGCCCUCUUUUCCCCAGCCCGUAUCCCCUUCCCAAUGUGUGCUUCACAUCCCUCACCCCAGGUUCCUGGGUGCAGAGCCGACCACUGAAAACGAAUGAGCUUCGAGAGCCGCUGUUGUCAGCAGCCAUUGCCACCAAGAUGGCCCAGUUCCACGGCAUGGAGAUGCCCUUCACCAAGGAGCCCCACUGGCUGUUCGGGACCAUGGAGCGGUACCUAAAGCAGAUCCAGGACCUACCCCCUGCUGGCCUCUCCCAGAUGAACCUGCUGGAGAUGUAUGGCUUGAAGGAUGAGAUGGACAGCCUCAGGAAGCUGCUGGACUCUACCCCGUCACCAGUGGUCUUCUGCCACAACGACAUCCAGGAAGGGAACAUCUUGUUGCUCUCAGAGCCAGAAAAUGCUGAUAGACUUAUGUUGGUCGACUUCGAGUACAGCAGCUAUAACUACAGGGGCUUUGACAUUGGGAACCAUUUCUGUGAGUGGAUUUAUGAUUAUACUCAUGAGGACUGGCCUUUCUACAGAGCGCAGCCUGCGGACUUCCCCACCCGGGGACAGCAGCUCCAUUUUAUUCGCCAUUACCUGGCAGAGGUAAAGAAAGGUGAAACCAUCUCCCAAGAGGAUCAGAGGAAACUGGAAGAAGAUUUGCUGGUAGAGGCCAAUCGGUAUGCUCUGGCAUCCCAUUUCUUUUGGGGUCUCUGGUCCAUCCUCCAGGCAUCCAUGUCCACCAUAGAAUUUGGUUACUUGGAGUAUGCCCAGUCUCGGUUCCAGUUCUACUUCCAGCAGAAGGGACAGCUGACCAGCUUCCACCCCUCAUUCUGACGCACCACCCCACAACUCCUUGGAUUUCUUCACAGCCUCCAGGGCAGGACCUUGGAGAGAGAGGCAAAGAGCAGGAGGCCCUGGGGCCUGGGCUGAACCCCCGAGCUGCAGGAGCCUCUGGACUGUGUACCUUAAGACAAUAAACAAGUUUCUUCCUCUA